AUGCGCGUUACCUUUUUUGCCCUCUCCAUAGUGGCUCUCACUCUCGGAGCCCCAUCCCCCGAAAUUUAUGGCGAAGCGGAGUUUGAGUCAGGCUUCGUGAUCCCAGCAAACAAUGCGCUCGAGGAUUAUGACAAAUCUACUCAGUUCAUGACCCCUGUCGGUGAGCUUGACUGGGACAACAACUACGAUCUUGAGACCAUCCGCGCCGAUGGACAGUCUGCAGACCAUUAUGGGAAUUCAGCAGUUGUUUCUCGGGCGGCCAAGAAGCAGACCAAGGUCUUUCUGGGAAAGACCCAAGUCGACUACGGUUGCGAGGCCUCUAUUCGCAAGACUCUGGGGGAGGCCAUCCACUCUCUUUGCAGAGGAGGCUUUUGCGAUGGAGGUUCCAAGUACACGCGCAAGGUUGACCACAUGGACAACAGCAGACGCAGGAAGGCUUGGGUUCAGGUCGAGAUCACCGGAACUUACAGAGGAAAACACACCAGAGGACACAUCGCCGAGAGCGUCAAGCUCACCGUCACUCCCGAGACGGCCAAGCCAGCUGUCAGAACCUAUUACGGCCAAUCUUUCAAUCCCAUUCUCCAGAAAUGCAAGAUGUCCAAGUUUACCAACUACAUCCAUGUAUACAAGAACUUCGGCGACGACGUGAAUGUUCAAAUCCGAGUCUCGCUCAAAACGACAAAUUCGUUUUGCCCUGCCAUCAAGGUCUUGGAGAGCGUAUCUGGAGCAAUCAAUGGUGCUCCUGGAGGCUUCUGGGGUUUGGUUCCCCUCUCGUGUACUUAG